AUGCUAACGCCGGCGCUACGCGUGGGAGAACCGAUCCACAGGCCCCAUGGACCGCACCUGUGUGAGCACAGGCCGCUCUCCGGAACCAGCGGUCCCUCGUCGCCUGAAUGCACCGACCCCAACGUUGGCGACCGUCGCGGAGGCAACCCCCGCCACGAACGGGGUGUCCUUCGUGCACGGUUACUCAGGCCCGCAGGGCGUCACGCGAUGGUAGUAGCUCACUUCUUUGAAUCCGGCCAGCGACGCCGUCUACGUUGGGGCCGAGUCGAGAGCGCACCGCUAAUGGCCGGCGCAGUAGCGCUGGCCAGCACAGGCUCGAGAGCAGAGUACGCGAGGCGCAAGGUCGAGUCAUCUUUUGGAGCGGGGGCUGGAUCGCAGCCAGUUGCGGCCGCCGGGACAGGCUGUAGUCCGGCGAACGGUGGCGAGACGAAGAGCAUAGGAAAUACGGGCGGCCGCGAACAAGGGCCGGAGACGGCAGGGAGGGACACACGGGGCGGGGAGAACCCAGGGCGGAAAACUGAGGCACGGAGCAGGAGGGCGGAGGGGCAACGAAGCAGCCGGGAAAGGGGGCGCCAGCGCCGCGGGCGCGACGAGGGAGGCAAACGGACGAAGGGGACCGGAGCAGCGGGGAAGAACGGCCGGGACCAGCCGGCAAGGGGGCGAAAGCGCGAACGCACGAGGGCGAACGACACAACAGGCGACGGGAGGGCCCGGGGGGCGCAGCGCCGACGCCACGGAGGAGGCGCCAGCCGGCAACAAACAGCCCCAGACAAGGGGCAGACCAGCGGACGGGCGCGCGGCGGGAGGGGCGAACCCGAGAGACAGGGCGACGAGACGCGGGGGGCCACGGCAAGAGACGGGGCGAGAAGGGAGGGGAAGGCAGAGAGCGGACAGCGAAAAGAGAAAGGGCGAAGGGGGCGGGAGAGAGGGCAAGGAGAGGCGAGCACGAGAAAGCGGAGAGCGCGGCGCCACGGAAAGAAACAGGAGGGCAGGGGAGGAAAAGAGAGGAAGAAAGGAGGGCCAAAGGCGGAACGGGGGGAAAGGGAGAAGGGAGGAACGGAGGGACGAGAGGAACGAGGAGCAGAGGACGGCGAAGGCGGAGAGGGGAAGGAGAGGGGGGCGCAGGCCGGGGGGCGGAGGAAAAAGGCGGGAAGAAGGAGGGGGGAGAGGGAAGGAAGGAAGGGGAAGAAGGGCAAGCGAGAAGCAGAGGCCAAGGGCGGAAGACGGAGGACAGAAACGGAGAAGGCAACGGCGAAGCAGCCGGAGAAGGGGAAGGCCAAGAGGGAGAGGAGCCAGGGAAGCGCGGGGGCGAAACGACACGCGCGCACGGAGGCAGAGGGGGCGGAAACGGCGGGGGCGGGUGGGACGGAGGGGAGAGGCACGAAGGGCGGCAGGCGAGGCGCACACACGGGACGCAAGCCCGGAGCAGGGGAGGGGGCGGGCGAAACGCGGGCGGGCGAGAGGACGCCACAGGGCCGGGCGGGGCAAGGACGAGCGACCAGAGGAGACGGGCCCAAGGCGGAAGGGAGCACAGAGGCGCGAACCGCGGAGCGGGAGAACAAGAAGGUACCGGAGGAGGAGGGACCAGACGCACGAGCAGGCGCCGGGACGCAGGGGCCGCCAGGGAGGGCGCACAGCCCGGGGGACCAGAACGGAAGGAAGGACCGGGGCGGAGGCCGACGCGGAGGGCAGAGGAGCGGAGGCGCGCCACCGGAGCGCACGAAGGGGGGGGCGGGGAGCGACGCCGGCACGAGCCGCCGGGAAGGGACGCGACCAGGGGCGGGACGCCCGAGGGAGGGGCGGACUUCGAGGCGGAAGCACCCCAGAGAGGGGGGCGGACGGGGCGGUAAAGCAGUAGGAGAACCGGAGCGGGAAAGCGAUGGAGAACACGCAGGACGAGCCAGCGGCGAAGCGCCGCAGGGGGUACCGGGCGCCGGACGACAGCCGGGCCCCGGCGGCCGCAACGGGGUCGGCGAGCCAGCCCCCGCGCCAAAAGGAGGACGCGACCGGGCGCCGCGCGGACGCGGCGCGCGAGCGGCGCCGGGGCAAGCGGCGCACGCGGGGGGAACCCGGGACGCCCGGGCCGAGCCGACGGGGCCCCGCCCAGGCCGGGGCGGCGAGCGCAGCGAGGGUACCCGGGCGGGGCCAGCGCGACGGCGCCGGCCAGGAGCGGGGCGCGCGCGACGCGGCCCCAACGGAGACGGCGGCGCGGGCCGGAGGCAAAGAAGGAGCGACGACCAGCGCGGGACGCCCGGCGGGCCGGAGGAACCGGCACGAAGACACCCCGGCGGGGCGGGGGGCCGCCGCGACGGGCGCCAACGGGGGGCGGGGCAGGCAGGCGACGAGGACGCGGGGGCCGGAGAGCGGCCGGGGCGCACACAGGGGCGGGCCAGGGGGCGGGGGAGCCGGGGCGCCCACGCGGAGCGCCGGCGGGAGCAGGGACGCGAAAUAAGGAUACGCGGCCAAAGGGGGGAGGGCCGGCCCGAGGGCAAGCGCGGGGCCGGGGGGGGAGCGCCCCGCACCAGCCGGGAGGGGGGGGCGAGCGCGGCGCGCGCGCGGGUGCCGCCGCCGCCGGGGGGGGGGGAGAGAAGAAGCGCGCGCACACCACAGCAAGGCGGGGCGGGGAUGCGCCCCCACCCCCGGAACCGCGAGGCCCGCGGGCCGCCGACACGCCCUGGGCCGGCGCGGGACUGA